AUGGCGCAGAAAGUUGGUGGGGGUGGUAAGGAUGACUAUAAGGAUGCAAAGGACCUUUUGGAUAAAAUUGGGCAACAAGUGCACGACAAAGUGAAAAAUGGUGAUGCUGAAACAUAUAAAGGGGCGUUGAAAGGAAAUUUGUCAUUUGCAACUGCUAGUGGAGAAACAGGUGGCACCAAUAAACCAUGCGAUUUUGGAUAUGAUAAACUUAUUAGUGGUAGGGGUGGUGUUACUGCUCGCGGUGAUCCGUGCGGAAAGGAUGGAACAGGAAAAGAACAUCGUUUUUCUAAAGAACGUGGCGCUGAAUGUGAUAAGAACAAAAUAAGUGGUAGUAAUGAUAAUGAAGGAGCGUGUGCUCCAUAUAGACGGUUAUCUCUAUGUAACAAAAAUUUUCCAAAUAUGAAUAGUAAGGAUAGUUUGAAAGCUAAAAAUGAUUUGUUGGCAGAUGUGUGUCUUGCAGCCAAACAUGAAGGAAACUCAAUAAAUACACAUUAUCAAAAAUAUCAAGCACAAUAUGCUUCUUCUGCUUCUUCUUCUCAAAUAUGUACUAUGUUGGCACGCAGUUUUGCCGAUAUAGGUGAUAUCGUACGCGGCAAAGAUCUAUAUAGUGGUAAUAAAAAAAAAAAGCAAACAGAAAGAGAAAAAUUAGAAAAUAAUUUGAAAACAAUUUUCGGGAAAAUACAUAGUGACGUGACGAAGAGCGGCAAUAAUAAGGAUGCGCUACAAGAACGCUACCAAAAAGAUGAAAAAGACGGAAAUUUCUUUCAAUUACGAGAAGAUUGGUGGUAUGCGAAUCGCGCCACAAUCUGGGAAGCAUUAACAUGUAACGCUCAAGGUAAUACAUAUUUUCGACAAACAGCGUGUGCAGGAAGAAGUGCGACUCGUAAUCAAUGCCGGUGUGACGGCGCAAAUAUUGUCCCCACAUAUUUUGACUAUGUGCCGCAGUAUCUUCGUUGGUUCGAAGAAUGGGCAGAAGACUUUUGUCGUAAACGAAAAUAUAAAUUAGAAAAUGCUAAAGAACAAUGUCGUGAAAAAGAUAAAUAUUAUCAAGAACGAUAUUGUAGUGGUAAUGGCUACGAUUGCACACAAACUGUUAGGGCGCAGGAAGAAUAUAGUAUGGAAAAUAAUUGUCACAAAUGUUUUUUUGCAUGUAAUCCUUUUGUAAAAUGGUUAGGUAACCAAAAGCUGGAAUUUGACAAACAAAAAAAAAAAUAUACACAAGAAAUAGAAAAAUAUAAAAACGGAACAAAACAAGCAACAAAUGGAACUACUAAUAACUUAUAUGUAAAAGAUUUUUAUGAUGAACUUAAAAACAAACACGAAAAUGUGAGAAGCUUUUUAGAAUUGUUAAGUAAAGAAACGGCGUGCCAAAAACACCCUAAAGUGGAAGGAGAAGGUUAUUUUGAUUUUACUAAAUUUGAACUUAAUGAAAUAUUUUCUCUUACAGAAUAUUGUAAACCUUGUCCUUAUUGUGGAGGUAAGUUCGUAGAUGGAGUAUUUAGAAGUGAAGGUGACGAAGAGGGUAAAUGCCUACGUUUAUUCAGUAGCUACGUACCUCCAGAGGGUGUAGAUCCUACUGAAAUUAAAGUCCUCAUCAGUGGUGAAGGACAUGAUAAUAUUAACAAAAAAUUAGACGCUUUUUGUACAAAUUCAAAUGAUAAUUCUUUAUAUGAAAAAUGGAAUUGUUAUCAUGACAAAGAAGGAAAAGAUAAAUGUGUAUGGGAAUAUGAUGAAAAAGAUAAAAACAAGAAAAAAGUAAAGAAGUUUUAUGAUUUUUUUAGGUUUUGGGUUACACAUAUGUUAGACGAUUCUAUGGAAUGGAAAGAGAAACUUAAGGGAUGCUUAAAAAAUGGUACGAAAAUAAAAUGUAAAAAUGGAUGCAAAACACCAUGUAAAUGUUUUGAAAAAUGGAUUGAACAAAAAAAAAAAGAAGAAUGGACGAAAAUAAGAAACCAUUUUUACACGCAAGAAGGUUUUGGACAGGAAGUAGGUCAAGGAAUACCACAUUAUAUUAUUCUUGAACAAUUUUUGGAAAAUGAGUAUUUCGAUGGUAUAUCCGAUGCUUAUGCAGAUCCAGAACAGAUGGAGAAAAUUAAAGAAAAAUUGGAUGAGAAAAAAAAAGAACGAAAUGACGAUCCUACCAACAAGGAAACAAUAAUUGAUUUCUUGCUUGAACAUGAAGGAGAAGAUGCCAAAAAAUGCACAAACUCACAUAAUGAUCAAGAAUGCAACCAACAAAAAAAACAACAACAACAAGAAACUCCCGCCCGCUCCGGCACUUCCCCAUCAUCACCACGUGACCCCAACCACGUUGACUCCCACGAGGAACCCGACGACAACGAUGACGACUCCUCAGACGAAGAUGGCGAAGAUGACGUGGUGGAAGAGGCGGAAGAGCAAACACACAAGACCACGGAAGGGACGGGGGAGGGACCAAAAGAAACAACAACACAAGACACAGAAGUCACGGACGGGCCGGCAACAGAUCCGUCAGUGGAGGUUUGCAGCAUAGUGGACAAACUAUUUAGUGGUAACGAUUUUGGUGACGCGUGCGGAACAAAAUAUGAUAAAUAUGGUAAGGAAAAGUUCCCCAAUUGGAAGUGCAUAAGUGACAGUACCACUAAAUCUGGUGCCCCUGUCAAAAGUGGUGGUAGUGUUUGUGUGCCACCCAGGAGGCGAAAACUAUACAUACACGAUUUACAAUCACUAGGCGUAGAGGUCGACAAAGCGCCGUCACAAGAGGAUUUACUCAAGUGGUUUGUGAAGAGUGCUGCGGUAGAAACCUUCUUCUUAUGGGAUAGAUAUAAAAAGGAAAACACGAAGAGACAAAGUGGGUCACCACUACCACUACUCGAAGGUGCCGGUGGUGGUGAAGAAACCCCCGAAACCUCCUUAAAAAAUGGUACCAUACCCCUACCCUUCUUGCGUCAGAUGUUUUAUACAUUAGCAGACUACAAAGAUAUAUUAUUUAGUGGUGAUAAAGACGACAACACGAAGAGUAGUACCUACCACGACAUACUUAAAGGUGAUAAAGAAAUAAAGGGAAGAGAAGAGAAAAUACAAGAACAGUUAAAGAAGUUUUUUCAAAAUAGUGGUAACCAAUCUCCUCCUAGUGGCACCCUCCCCCCAAAUAGUGUUAAAGACCCCUCCUCUUGGUGGAAAGAAAACGCACAACAUAUCUGGAAUGGAAUGAUAUGUGCACUAACAUAUAAAGAAAUCGAGGUAAAAAACCCAGACGGCAAAAACACAUAUAAAAUAGAACAGAUUCAAGAUGCGGACAAACUUUUGGGAAAAAUCAAAGAAGAAAAAGGCGAGUACCAUUACAGCAAAGUGACACUUAAAGAUGAAAAUAGUGGUACCCAAGCCAAAAGCAACGACGAUACCAAAUUGGAAAAUUUUGUGGAAAGACCCCCAUUUUUUCGUUGGUUACAUGAGUGGGGAAGCGACUUUUGUGGUAAAAGGGCGCGGAUGUUGAAAAACGUGAAGGAUAAUUGUCGUAGUGGAAUACAUGGUGAAAGAUAUAGUAGUGGGGAUGGUGAAAAUUGUGAAAAAAUGCUUCGUGACGAUUAUGAUACUGUUCCGGAUUUAGAAUAUCGGGAUUGUGGUAAAUAUUGUAGAUUUUAUAAAAAAUGGAUAGAAAAAAAAAAAACAGAAUAUGAGAACCAACAAAAGGCAUAUACUGGACAAAAAAAAAAAUACGAAGAGGAAAGUAAGGGUGGUGUUAAUGGAGUUUGUGAAACACUACAGGAGAACGCUGCACAAUUUUUAGAAAGGUUAAAAAACGGACCGUGUAAAAAUGAUAAUGUAGAUGAUAGUGGAAAGGAUAAAACAGGAAACAGUCACAUAAAAUUUGAUGAUCAUAAAACAUUUGGACAUGAAAAUUAUUGUGAUCCAUGUCCUAUAUUUGGAAUUGAAAGUAAAAACAGUGGUUGGAGUGAAGUUACUCAAAAGACGUGCAAAGAUAACGCGGUUAUUACUAAAGAUAAUAUUAAAACAAAGAUAAAAGCUGAUCAACAAGUUGUUUUGCAUGUGAGUGAUAACAGUGACCAUAAAUUUGAAAGAGGCUUAGACGAAUGUAAAGAAGCAGAUAUUUUUAAGGGUAUUAGAAAAGAGGAAUGGGAAUGCGACAAAUUAUGCAAUUCAGUUGUAUGUUUCCUCAAAAAAAAAAAUGAAAAUGGUACAGAUUUAAAACAAUAUAUAGAAAUUAGAGCAUUGCUUAAACGUUGGGUAGAUAAUUUUUUUGACGAUUAUAAUAAAAUUAAACAUAAAAUUUCACAUUGUAUAAAUAGUGGAAAUAAAUCCACAUGUACAAAUGAUUGUCCAAAUAAAUGUAAGUGCGUGAGGAAAUGGAUAGAGAAAAAAAAGAAUGAAUGGGAAGAAAUAAAAAAACGUUUCAAUGAUCAAUAUAAAAAAGAAAACAAUGAGGGUACUUCUAGUAAUUUAAACUCUUUUUUGGAGACAUUGAUACCUCAAACUGAUGUUGACAACGUUAUAGGAAAGGUUAAAACAUUAAGUGAUUUGUAUGAUUCAAAUGAAUGUAUUGACACUGAUACCUCAAAAAAGGGACAGCAUGAAUAUAACGAUGUCGUAGAAUGUUUGCUUUAUAAACUUCAAAAAAAAAUUGAUACAUAUAAUACGCAAACUAUUGAAGUAACUGAUCCAAAUAGUUGUGUUCUAAAACCCACAGAAGACGAAACUUACGACGAAUCCCCCGAAGACGACACAUCAACAACAUCUGUAGUUCCGGAAUUUUGUGAACAGUUUGUUAAACCUGAAGCGCCACCUCCUAAGGUACCAGAAAUUCCAAAGGAAGAAGAUAAAGAUAAAAGAGAUGAGGAAAAACCCGCAUCACCAACUGAUGACGUGGAUACAGACUCCGCAGGGACCGAAAAACUUCCAACUCCACCAGCUCCUGCUCCAGUACCUAGAUCACGACCAAAACAACGAAAAAAACAAAAACGACAAAUAACCCCCAAGGAAUAUAGAUUAACCGAUGUGUUACUACCUUCUGCGUUUCCGUUAAGUGUAGGAAUAGCGUUUGUUGCGUUGAGUUAUUUUGUACUGAAGAAAAAAACCAAAGCAUCUGUUGGAAAUUUAUUCCAAAUACUGCAAAUACCCAAAAGUGAUUAUGGAACACCUACCCCGAAAUCAAAAAAUAGAUAUAUCCCCUAUGUUAGUGAUCGAUAUAAAGGCAAAACAUAUAUAUAUAUGGAAGGAGAUAGCAGUGGAGAUGAAAAAUAUGCAUUUAUGUCUGAUACUACUGAUGUAACUUCCUCAGAAAGUGAAUAUGAAGAAUUGGAUAUUAAUGAUAUAUAUGCACCACGUGCUCCUAAAUAUAAAACAUUGAUUGAAGUCGUACUAGAACCUAGUGGUAACAACACAACAGCUAGUGGUAAAAACACAACAGCUAGUGGUAAAACACAAAGUGGUAACAACACAACAGCUAGUGGUAAAAACACACCUAGUGAUACACAAAAUGAUAUACAAAAUGAUGGUAUACCUAGUAGUGAUAUACCACAUACAAAUAAAUUUACUGAUGAUGAGUGGAAUACAUUGAAACAUGAUUUUAUAUCUAAUAUGUUACAAAAUGAACCAAAUACAGAACCAAAUAUUUUACGUGAUAAUGUGGAUAAUAAUACAAAUCCCAAAACGUUACAUGUUAGUAUGGACGAAAAACCUUUUAUUAUGUCUAUUCAUGAUAGAAAUUUAUAUAGUGGAGAAGAAUAUAGUUAUAAUGUUAAUAUGAGUACUAAUAGUAUGGAUGAUCGACAAUAUGUAUCAAAUAAUGUAUAUUCUGGUAUAGAUUUAAUUAAUGAUUCGUUGAAUAGUAAUAAUGUUGAUAUUUAUGAUGAAUUAUUGAAACGAAAAGAAAACGAAUUAUUCGGGACAAAUCAUGUGAAACAAACAAGUAUACAUAGUGUUGCCAAACCUAUAAGUGACGACCCCCUACUCAACCAACUGGAACUAUUCCAUAAAUGGUUAGAUAGACAUAGAGAUAUGUGCGAAAAGUGGGAAAAUCAUCACGAACGAUUAGCCAAAUUAAAAGAAAAGUGGGAAAAUGAGACACAUAGUGGUAACACUCACCCUAGUGAUAGUAACAAAACGUUGAAUACUGAUGUUUCUAUACAGAUAGAUAUGAAUAAUCCCAAAACUACAAAUGAGUUUACAUAUGUGGAUAGUAACCCCAACCAAGUGGAUGACACCUACGUGGAUAGUAACCCUGACAAUUCUUCUAUGGAUACUAUCUUGGAGGAUCUGGACAAACCAUUUAAUGAACCCUACUAUUAUGAUAUGUAUGACGAUGAUAUUUAUUAUGAUGUAAAUGAUCAUGAUGCAUCAACUGUGGAUAGUAAUAAUAUGGAUGUACCUAGUAAAGUACAAAUUGAAAUGGAUAUAAAUACUAAAUUGGUGAAAGAGAAAUAUCCUAUAGGAGAUGUGUGGGAUAUAUAA